CGCGCGGCGGCGGCGGCGGGCGCUGCCGCGGCCGCGGGCGCGGGCGCAGGCGCGGGCGCGGCGGCUUUGGAAGGCAGCAGGGAGCCUGCGGGCGGCACGAGCAGCGACAGCGGCGCCCUUGCCGGCCGCCCCGCCAGAGAGUUGCGUGCCUCCAGCAGUGACUGCAGCGAGGGCGGCGGCAGCCUGAGCGGCCGCAGGAGCAGCGGCGCCAGCGAACGGCCGCACGGCGGCGCGGCGAGCGGCGACAGCGGCGGCGACGGAGGGCCCUCGGAGCUCGUGCGGUUGCUGGCGCGCGGCGGCCGGGCAACGGCGGGCGGCAGCGAAAGCAGCAGCAGCGAUGGCGGCGGCGCUGGCGGCGCUGGGGACCUGACCGGGGCUGCGGCCGCGACUACAAGCAGCAGCGAGGCGGGGGGUUCCUCGGCGGCCGGCGGAGGCACGCCGCAAUCGCGGCCGCCUGCGCCGAUCCCGCAGCGGCCGCGCGAGCAGCAGCAACAGCAGCGCGAGCAGCAGCAGUGCGAGCAGCAGCAGCGCAAGCAGCAGCAGCAGCAGCAGCAGCAGCAGCAGCAGCCAGCAUCGGAGCUUGCGAGCCUGCUGGCCUCCAUUCUGGCGGACGACCCGGAGCUGUCAGUUCAGACGGCCGGCCGAUGA